CCUCUCUACAGUAGUAUCUCAUCCCUUUCCUCUGGUGUUUGUUUCUUGAAUUAUUCACAAUGUCACUUACUGGGAAAAUUAGCACUGAACUCCCAGUUCAUGCAACUGCAGAGAAAUGGUUCCACACCUACGCAAAACGACUCCACCAUAUUCAACAUGUUGCUGCUAAAGUUCAUGGAACCAAACUUCAUGAAGGUGAUGAUUGGCAUACCACGGAUUCGGUCAAACACUGGACUUAUACCUUAGACGGUAAGACAGUAACGUGUCUUGAAUCUAUUGAAUCGGUGGAUGAAGAGAACAAAAGAAUAGUAUAUAAGAUGUUUGGUGAAGCUGUGGAAGGUAAAUAUAAGCCACUGAAGCUAAUCUUUGAAGCCAUUGAGAAGGAUGAUGGCAAAGCUGCUAUCAGAUGGAGCAUUGAAUAUGAGAAGCUGAGAGAGGAUGUUCAUCCCCCAUAUGGCUACUUAGAAUUAUAUGACCAUGUCAUUAAGGAUGUUGAUGCUCAUAUUGUCGAGGCUGAAAAAAAUUCUACCAAAUAAGAAUUCAAAAAAGGGUGUGGCCAAAGAUAAUGCUCAUGUAUGUAUGUGUUUGAUGUGGAGAGAAAUGUAAUUAAUACUUUUAGUUUGUGUAAUAACUCAAGAUCCAAGUGGGUCAUAUAUGUCAGUAAGGUAUUAAGGUGUUGAAUAAAACAUAUCUUUGGUCUGCUUUUCUCAUUCAA